UGUUCAGCCGGCUGCUGACCAGCACCCCCAGGUCCCUUUCCUCCUGAGCACUGUCCAGCCACACUGUCCCCAGAAUGUAGCAUUGCAAGAAAUUGUGGUACAAAUGUAGGACCUGGCACUUGGACUUAUUAAACUUCAUUUUAUUGGACUCUGCCCACCCAUCCAAUCAUUCCAGGUGUCUCUAUAGAGCGCUCCUACCUUCCAACAGAUCGACACAUGCUCUCAGCUUAAUGUUUGCAAAUUUACUACUGUGUUGCAUGGGAAAAUAUUUUUUUGUGUAUGUGUUUUCCUCCACCCUUUGCUCAGUCUUUUCCUGAGCAGUAAUUGUAUACUCUGAGACUAGACAGUGUGGUAAUAGGUCAGCACUAGAGCUGGUGUAGUUUGAUGGCCCAGAUCAACAGAAGUGUGUAAUGUUUUCUGGUUUCUUUUAUUUCAUUUUUAAGACCUAUGAUCCUUAAAGUGUGCUUAAAGAGAGGCAUGAAUUAUGAGGUAAGCAACCAUUCUGUACAACAUUUUCAGAUGGUGCAGGUGUGGGAGUUUAUUAGCAUGUUUGACAUAUUUUAUUACACUUAGCAUGUGACAACACAGAAGUGUAAAAUAUCUUGGGUUUUCCCCCACUUUUUGGGUGGUGUCAUGUGACAUUUUGAAUUAUCUGGUAAAAUAAGCCAAUUUCUUUCCAGGAAACCAGCCCCAAAAUGAGUAAUGGAUAAGCACGCUGCUUGCUUCCGAGCACUCAGGCAUGUCUCAGGAGGUUCAUAUGUUAUGCCCUGGCUGUACAGUGUAUAUGUUUCCAGUUUCUGACCGUUUGGAACAAUGUGGGCUUGUAUGAGAGUGUGGUAGUGGCACAAGUUAGAAGUGGUGAAAGAAUACUUGAGGAGACAGGAGAUGUAGCAGCCUGUUCAGCGGCUCACUGCUGUCUGCAAGCUGGGUUUUGCUGUCCACAUCUGCUUGCUCAGUUGCUCUGUUGACAUAUCCAGACUUGCAGGUAAUCACUUGGAAGCUGUGCAAAAUAAACCUUUUUUUUUUUUCCUAAUUUAAGGUAAUUUAAGCUGGCUUGGCUGAUGUGAGCAGUAUGAGAAGCAAUUGUUUGCUUGCUCAUGCUGUAGGAGGGGGUGCAUGAGCAGAAAUCUGGAUUGUGUGGAGUUGCACUACUCUUGCAAAAGAGCGAUAUGCAAAUAGUGCAGUCAUCCAGCAGAUGGGUGGCAAUGAAAUAUCUGAGAUACUCCAGAUACAUCAUGGGCUGAAGCAUCUGAGAUCCUCCAGCUGAGUCUUUGCAGGGAAGCUUGCCUCUUACUGGUGGGCUUGAAGCACAUGCUUAAGUGUGGCUCUGACUAAAAGCUCUGUUGAGUAAUGGAUUUAAAAUCUUGCAUAAUACUUUGUUGAAAGCUGAUGUGCAAAAAAUUUGGGAGUAGUGAGAAAGCAGCAUUUUUAAAUGGCAUGACAAAUAACACAUUUGUACAGAUAGAGGUCUGUACAAAUGUUAGCUAAUUGGUUGUAUGUGGUGUGAGAACUUAACUGUUAUUGAAAGCACUCUGAAGCAAGCUGCAAAGUAAAAUUUGUGGCACCAUUCUCUGUACCACAGUACAACUGCAAAAGUGAGAGAUGUUCUUGUCUGGGACUGGCCAUCAGGAAGACAUGCCCAGAUCCUGAGUUCCUUUACGAGACCAUGGCAUAGGCACAGGUCAAAGGGAAACAUAGGAAAAUUCAGAUGGCAUAGGAAUUUUCAGUGUGGUAUUUAAAUAGUUCAGCAGUUUGGGUAUUUUGGCCUGCAUUUCACUCUGUAAAUGCAUUUGCAGAGUAAAAUUUGUGCUGUAUUUGUGACACACAAACUGUAUUUGUGCAGCCAAAUAAUUGCGUUAUUCUCUGGUGCAUAACUGGCCAUACAGACAAUUACUCUACUUGCUUUUGUGUGGUGCUCUCUGAAGUAUUCCACAGAGUGGAAAUAAACAAGCCAAUGUUUUGCAUCAGAUUAUCAGUCUGUCUUUCAAAAAAGCUAGUAGCUGCUCUACAAGAUAGAAGACAUCCUUUUUCAGCUAGAGAAUUUCAAAUAACUCAUGAAGAGGGAAGGAAGCAUUGCAAUGGUUACUCCUGUUGUAAUGGAAAACUGAAUGGUGAGUUUAGAAUGUACUGAGUAUCUCCUUACUGGCUUAGUGUAAUUAUUUUUAUUUAGUAAUGGUUAAGACAGCAAUUCUACCAUCUUCUUCCCACCCAUCCUUGGGGUGACCCAUGUUUUCACUUGAGUGGGACAGUUGAAAACCUUCUACAAUUGCCAAAGUGAGGGCUGCUAACAAAGCAGAAUGCACUGUACAACACAAAAUAUGUUUGAAAUAUGACACGAGUGUUUCCAAUGGCUGCUGUAAUUAAUGUUUUUUUGUUUGGUUUUUUUUUUGUUAUUUCUUUAGAGGUCUGGCAGUACUUUAGGAGAGCUUGGUGGGAAGAAUUGUGGGAAAAUUAUUUUGUAAAACUGUUUCAAUUCUUGCAUAGCCAAUCUGGAUUCAGUUGCUAUAGCUGAGUGGUUUAAAAACUUUUUAACUGUUGAUAUUACACUAUAAUGAACACUGUAAUAAUUUUGUCAGUGUCACAGAAAAAUGUCCUAACUGAAAAAUUAGUCAAGUUUUAGAGUUGGGGUUUCAAACCGUAAAAAAAAAGAAAAUCUCAAUGCUGGAUCAGAUUUCUUAAAAUGCUUAAUUAAGAAGCUAAUCCAACAUUUGUUUAUCUAGAUAUAAAUACUGCCUUUGAACUAGCAGAAAAGCUCCAUCUCUACCUAGCUUUUAAACCACAUCUAAAACACAGAGAUUACUUUCAUUUCUGAGAGGUGAUAAAUUGAGUAAAAGCAUAUGAGGGUAAAGCAAACUGUUCCACAGUGCACAUAACUGGUUGGGCAGUUAAGUGUGAGAACAGAGGAUUUGGUUUGUCAAAGAACAGAAAGGAGAAUGCUGAAAAUCAAUUUGUUAUAAGGAACAGGUGGAAGAAGCAUUUCUGGAGGACUUGGAAUAAUUUUUGCACUCUGGGAUAGCUACUCCAGUUAAUGUUUCUGUGCCUUCAUUGUCAUUGUGCCUACAUCUGGAGAUGCAUUGUCUCCCAUGAAAGGGUAAUCCAGCCUGUUCUAUAGUAACAGCUCUUUUUCCUGGAAACAGUGAACUAUCAGAUUUUGCAGCAUGUGGAACAAAAGGCUCCUUUGCUGCGUCUCAGCAUAAGAUUACAGUUGUCACAUUUCUCCUUCAUCAGCGUGCCUGACACUUCAGAGUAUGGCUCAGACUUCCCUUUGUUAAUGGAACAGAAAGAGGAUCUUUAUACUCUUCCAUAAUUAGUAGUUUUUAUUUUUCCUACACUUUGCUGUUUAAUGCACAUGACCUAUGCCUAAAUCCCCUUCAGGAUUUAGUUUCAAAAGUUAGGUUUCAGUUAACUGAAACUUGAACAUCCUUCUCAAAAGUUUCAUCUAUAAGAAGUGUUAAUCAUAAUGAAGAUUUAAAAAAAUUAUGCCAGCUUUGUGAAUACUCUGUGCAACACUGUUGACUGGAAAACCAGAGAAAACAAUCAAAUGCAGGUUUGUCUCUUAAACUAGAGCUGUGAGUUAGAGCUACUGCUGAGGAUGGGCCAGGCAGGGAUGGCACUGGUAUGCUUUCUUCUUGGUAUGCUUCAGAAGAAAGAUGGACAAUACUAGUAACUGAAAUAAGAGCAGCACUCACUUCUGGGCAAUAGGUGCAGAGAUCUGGAGCAGGCAUGUUGCUUCCAGGCUUUGUGUCCAGGUAUGUCAGCAGAAAAAAAUCACAAGGUUUCCUGAAUAAGAUGUAGGUGACUUAUAGAACAAUUCCUGAUGUACCUUUACUGUCAAUUGAAUCUUGCUGUGAGUAAAUCAAGAGUUUUCUGGCUCUAUGCACCUCAGCUUAUUAAAAAUGUUGAUUAAGUUGCAUCAGCAUGACUAGAAAUAAAAAAAGUAUUUGGUAUUUUAAUAUAAACAGCUUUUAGAGCUUCCAGUGUAGAAGGCAGGCUUAUCUUUUUAAACUUCUUUUCAGUAAGGGAAAGUGAGGAGUUUGUUCAGCUUCUGUGUACAGAAAAAAUACAUCUAGACAUUCUUUGCAUAACUGUGGGAAAGCAGGGGUUGCUAGCUUUCUCAUUGUUAAUCUGAUUUCUUAAUCUCACAAUACAAGUUAACUGUGAAAAUACUCAGUGAAAAAUACCCACUGGAACUAUGAAGAAAUGGUCUGUGUUCCCACAAAUACUGGGUUCCCACACCACAUUCUUUUGAAUUCGUGUUGAAGACACAUAAGUUGUUCCAUGCGCUUAUACCAUGGCAAGUGACCAGUAGCGACUGAAACACAGAUACUUUGUAAAUAUUCACAGCUCCAGUGGCUGUUCUUGACACAGGUGGCUUAAAUUCACCUUUUGCUGUUGUUUCUUUUUUUAUUUUCUGCAUUUUGAUCUGCAUUCUGAAAGCCUGUCUCUUUAUUUUUCCCCCUCUGUGUGUGUGUUCCAGUGACUUUAUAACAUGCGAGGCACUGAUACCAGGGGGAGCUCCCCUGCAUUCCUCCGUCCUCAGAACGGGAGCAGUCACAGGUCUUCGGGGUACGUCCCGGGGAGAAUUGCCCCUCUCCGUCCCCCGCCGCCUUCGCAGAGCCAUGCUGCAGCAGAAUUUACCUCGGCCAGACAGGAAGCCCAGACAAGACUCCCGUCCUUGCCAGUGGAGCAGCACCGCCGACAGGCAGAAGCCAACAGACACAAAAAUACUCUUAUUUGUUCUGCCGUUUCUAGCCUUUCACUUUUUGUUGCACUGGGGAUUUUUUUGGGAAUAGCUUCAAAGUAUGCUCCAGAUGAGAAUUGUCCUGAUCAGAAUCCUCGCCUUAAAAACUGGAGCCCUGGAAAAGAUCCUGAAAAACAAGUUAUUAUCAAAAAAGGGGAUUUGUUUCGUCUGAACUCAGAUGCUACAGUACACUCUAUAGUUAUACAAGAUGGAGGUUUACUUGUUUUUGGUGAUGAUAAAGAAGGUUCUAAAAAUAUUACCUUGAGAACUCGAUUUAUCCUGAUAAAGGAUGGUGGAAUGCUUCAUGUUGGAGCAGAGAAAUGCCGCUAUAAAUCCAAAGCAACUAUUAUUUUGUAUGGGAAGUCAAACGAAGGUGCUGAUGUGCCAGAAUUUGGCAAAAAGUUUAUUGGCGUGGGCCCUGAAGGAACACUGGAGUUGCACGGGCACCAGAAGGUAUCAUGGACUCUUCUGUCAAAGACUAUAUAUUUCUCAGGGCUGGCCUAUGGUCAUUAUACAUUUAAAAAGAAUUUUUCCCGAGGACUAAAUGUUAGAGUGAUCGAUCAGGAUACAGCGGAGGUUUUGGAAGUGCUGAAGUUUGAUACUCAUGAAUUUGCAGAGGAAAGCUUAAAGCUCCAGAACUUGCUGAAAAAUGGGCAUCCUGGUCGCAUUAUUGCUAUUGCUGUAGGAGAUUCAGCUGCUAAAAAUCUUUUGGAGGAAACCAGAGUGACUGUUCAGAAUCUUCUGGGAAGUAGGUUUGUCAGAGGAUUAAGUUACAGGCAAGCCUGGGCUUUAGUUGGUGUCAUAGGUGGUGGAAAUUCUUCCUGUAAUGAAUCAGUGAGAAACUAUGAAAACCACAGCACUGGUGGGAAAGCUCUUGCUGAGAGAGAGUUUUUCACAGUGGAUGGUCAGAAGUUCGUUGUGAGAGCUUACAGCGAAUGGAAUGAUGGUGUCCCAAUAUCAGGCUUCCAGGUGGAAGCGGUGGGUGGAGUAAUACUGAACCUUCUGGAUGAUGUUAGUAGUUGGGAGCCUGGAGACAAGAUUGUGGUUGCGAGCACAGACUAUUCAAUGUAUCAGACAGAGGAGUUCACCCUCCUUCCCUGCACGGAGUGCACCAAGCAUCAGGUUAAAGUCAAAGAAACCCCUCAGUUUCCUCAUGUUGGAGAAGUAAUUGAUGGAGUGGACAUGAGAGCAGAAGUUGGAGUUCUUACAAGAAACAUCCUAAUAAAGGGGGAGACAGAAAAUACCUGCUAUCUUGAAAAAGAGUGUCAGUUCUUCAGUUAUGAUACAUUUGGUGGACAUAUCAAGAUUUUGAAGAAUUUUACAUCUGUUCACCUUUCCUAUGUGGAAUUGAAGCAAAUGGGCCAGCAGCAGAUUGGAAGUUAUCCUGUUCAUUUUCACCUUUGUGGGGAUGUGGAUGAAAAAGGAGGAUAUACUUUUAAAACUUAUCUGGAAGGUCUUUCCAUUCAUCACUGUUUUUCUAGAUGUGUGAAUGUUCAUGCAACUAAUGGCUUGCUGAUAAAGGACACCAUUGGCUAUGACACACUAGGUCACUGUUUCUUCAUGGAAGAUGGCAUUGAGCAGAGGAAUACUUUGUUCCACAACCUUGGGCUAGUCACAAAACCAGGCACUCUUCUACCUACAGACAGAAACAGCAGCAUGUGUAUUGGGAUUAGGGAUAAGGUAUAUGGAAGUUAUGUCCCAGUGCCAGCCACGGACUGCAUGGCCGUUUCAACAUUCUGGAUUUCUCACCCCAACAAUCAUCUUAUAAAUAAUGCAGCAGCAGGCUCACAGGAUGCAGGAAUAUGGUAUUUGUUCCACCGGGUUGCUACAGGAGAUUCUCAUAGUUUAGCCAUCGAAACCAAAUCAGAGCUUACACCCCUAGGAAUCUUCUAUAACAACAGGGUUCAUUCUAAUUUUAAGGCUGGUUUGUUCAUUGAUAAGGGCGUUAAAACAACUAAUGCUAGUGCUGAUGAUCCCAGGGAAUAUCUCUCUUUGGACAACAAUGCGAGGUUCCGACCUCAUCAAGAUGCAGACCCUGAAAAGCCUCGAGUUGCUGCCCUGAUUGACAGAUUAAUCUCUUUCAAAAACAAUGAUCAUGGAGCCUGGGUCAGGGGAGGAGAUAUCCUCAUUCAGAACUCUGGGUUUGCAGACAAUGGAAUAGGUUUGACAUUUGCGAGUGAUGGGAGCUUCCCAAAUGAUGAAGGUGCCAGCCAGGAGGUAUCAGAGUCGCUGUUCAUAGGUGAGAGCAAGAAUUAUGGGUUUCAAGGUGGACAAAAUAAAUAUGUGGGAACUGGAGGAAUAGACAACAAGACACGCACGCUGCCUAGAAAUCGGACAUUUCCAAUCAGAGGCUUUCAGAUUUAUGAUGGACCUAUUCACCUUACUAAGUGCACCUUUAAAAACUUUGUGCCAACUCCAGACAGAUUUACCAGUGCAGUUGGAUUCCUGAUGAAAAAUCCAUGGCAGAUGACUCCAAAAAAUAACAUUUCUCUUGUGAAAUUUGGUCCAAAUGUUUCUUUGAAAGCCUUCUUUGGGAAGCCUGGUCCCUGGUUUGAAGAAGGAGAUCUGGAUGGUGACAAGAACUCAAUAUUUCAUGAUCUAGAUGGCUCAGUGACUGACUACAGGGAUACCUAUGUGGGCCGAAUGGAUAAUUACUUGAUUCAACACCCCAAAUGCAUUAACAUGACAGAAUGGAGUGGAGUGGUUUGCAGUGGGAACUAUGUACAGGUUUAUGUCCAAACCUGGAAUGGACAGAAUCUAUCCAUGACUAUUGUCCGAGAUGAGUAUCCAGCCAAUCCCAUGGUUCUUCGAGGUAUUAAUCAGAGAGCAGCCGCCUUUCAGCAGUACCAGCCAGUGGUGAUGCUCCAAAAGGGCUAUACAAUACAUUGGAAUGGAAAAGCUCCAAAUGUCACCUAUCUGUAUCUCAUUAAUUUCAACAAGAACGACUGGAUACGUGUUGGUCUUUGUUACCAACCAAGGACAGAUUUUCUUAUAGUGUUGGAAACAUUUCAAAGGCGAUCAUCUGCUCUGUCAAGCAAGGUGGAGCGCUACACGCCUGUAUCUUCAAUGAUGGAGCUUGAAAAGAAUCGAUCAGACAAGAGGUUUUACUUUGACAACAGUACUGGAUUACUGUUUUUAUUUCUUCAAGCCAAAUAUAAUAGGGAUGGUCACAGUUAUUGCUCAUCUCAGGGAUGUGAAAGGAUCAAGAUUGUGACCAAAGAUUCAUCAAAAGGGAUAAGUAAUUGCAUGGCAAAAGCUUACCCAAAGUACUACCAAGUACCAACCGUCAUAAAGCAGAUGCCAGAAAAAACUACUGUACCAUGUUCAAAAUGUGGCACAACUCAGAUGGUGUUCACCAGUGACCCUCACAGAAACUACCUCCUUGUGCAGAUUAAUUCAUCUGAUGAAAAAGAGUCAAGCAGAGGCCAGCAAGCAUUUAUAUAUGUCAAUGACACCAUAUUUUCCUUCAAGGGUAAUGGAAUACUUAUUGUUGUAGUAGAUGCCUGCACUGGCACAGUGUUGGGAAACAAAUUAUUUUCUGGAGUAGACAUUAGGCAUGUAGAUGGAUAUUUAAAAUCUGGAAUUCCACAAAGGUCUAUCAUUCUGCUGAGCACAAGAGGUGAUGUAGCAAUUCCUAAUAAUUUAGGUGAAGCCUUAAUGUCCCUGGGGACAGCGAAACCACCUUAUCUUCAGAGCAAUGGAAGCUUGGCCUUUCUGGGCUUCAGAGGAAACAUUAAGCCAUCCUGGAUUAAGCUGUUUACCAGUCCUGCUGGGCAUGGGCUCGUUCAGAUAGAAAAGUAUAUCCCUCUGCAACUGGAAGAGUAUGGCUGUGCCAGAGCAACUAAAAGCCGUCAGAAAGACCUCGAGCUUCUGAAGGAGGCUGCACGAUCUCAUUAAAGACUAAGAUGUACAUAAAAUCUGGGGGAAAAAUGUGAACUAACUUAUUUUUUAAUUUAUGGCAUUUUAAACUAUAUUGUUAUCCAAGUAAAUCAUGUUAUUGUCUGAGAGAUGUUUGCCAGCAUUGACUGCUUGAAUGCCAAUCUGUGCACCUUCUAGUUGUACAAAAUAUUAAAGAAUUUAUUAGUAUUUGUAUAAACAGGUUUCAGAGAUUUUUCAGAUGUUUGUAUUUACUGUAAACGAGUUCCUUCUGUUUAAUAUUCCUUUUGUAUGUAAGAGGGUAUUCAUAAAAGCCUUAAGUUUUUAGUAACAGGUGUUGGAGUGCAUUUUGGGUUACUUGAAAGAUUAGCAUCAAUGCCUUCAGAAACAGCUUGAAUUGGUCAUUAUAACUUAAGCAUUUUUCCCUCAGCUGUUUGGGUGUUUCCAUGGGAGUUUUUCUGUCAGCUCAGUUACAUUCUCAGUCUGCUUUCUAACAUGUUAAAGCCCAAUCUCCCCUAUGCAUGAGGCUGACUCAAGGGAUUUUUAACUGCAGUAAAUAUUUUUGCUUUCCUGUGUGAAAGAUGGAGGAAGGAAUUCAAAGAUCCAGCCUGGGGCUGGGUGAGGAUUGUGUACUAUUCAGCAGAGCUUUACAAGGCUUUGUGUACAAGUGUGGCACGCAGAGCAGGAAAUUACUCCUGUUCUUUAGGAUCACUGUUUAUUCUCUCUAAGUACACAGGUGUGUCUGUAAGAGCUACUUUGAUAAACAGUCUAGAAGUUAAGGCUGCAGUCUUGAGUACAGCUUGACUUCAGCUUAGUCUUUUAAAGCUUUUAGCCAGAAUGGCAAAGCUAAGAUGCUGUUACUCUCAAUUUGUUGGGAAAGGAAGCUUCUACUCUUGCAGUGGUGUUUUUUUGUUUUGUUUUGAUUUUUAAAUUUUUUUUUGUUGGUUGGUUGGUUGGUUGGUUGGUUUUUGGGUUGUUCUUUUUGUUUGUUUUUUAGUGUUGAUUUUUCUUUAAUUAUUUUAAGGCUAUCUCAGCUUUAACUUGUGAGUGAAUGGAAAGUGCUCUCAGUUCAUUAAAUCGUACCUUCUGCCUUAACUUUGAUUCUCUUAGUAUACUCAUGUUGUUAAUUCUUGUUGACUUUAUAUUAGGUCCAUUGAUUUAAUCAGGUUUUGUUUCAAUUAAUUGUCUCUGCCAAUAGUGUGAAAAUCAUUUAGAACAGCGGCACAGCUACCCUUUUUCAGUAUCUUUGUCUUUGAAAUUAAAUUUCAGGGACAGUAAAGAUGCUUUUCAUAAUAGGGAACAAUAGGUGCCAUAGGGCUAAAAUGUAACCCUAGUUCUAAUAAAACUGACAUAUUUCCUUCUUCUUGUAUAUGUUCUCAUUCAUUCGAGCUGGUAUAAUGUAUUUACCAUUCAUAGAUACUUUGUGCUUUGAAUUCAAAACAGAGUGGCUGUUGUAAAUAAACUAUGUGCUUGUCUUCUCCAAAGAUGUUGAAAAACUGUGGGGAUGUAUUUUUUGUGCUUUAAAGGAGAAGAGGCACAAUAUCAAACUUAUUACUCUGUUCAAUUAAAAUAUGCUACCUCAGUGCUACAAUUAAACUGCCUGGUCUAAGUGAGAAAGCAGGGGGUAAGGAGUAUGAUACAAGAGUUGAAGUUAACAAAUAGAUGACCGAUACUAUUUUUAUUGUAAAACCAAGCCAAAUGGAUGAUUGUGUAUUUUGCAGUUGUUUUGAUGCACAGUUCUCUUGUUAUGUUUAAAAGAAAGGUAAUUUUGUUAGGGGAAGCUGUGAUAAAUCUUUACGACUAACUGUAAUGUUUGGUGUUAUUAAUGCAGGGCAGUGAUGUAAAUGCUCUGAGUGCAGUAGUGAUAGUAUUUGGGGAUUAAAAUGGCUUUAAGGCUUCCUCUGUUCUCAUGCUUGACAGAGAAAUAGUGAUGAGGUGGUGAUCCUCAGGCUUGUGAAGUUGGCCAUUAUUUAUGAUAUUCUGCUGUUCUAAGCGUCUUGUAAAAGUUGUCCUUGGAAGCGUCAGGGGUAUUCUGAUGUAGGGCUUACUGAUGAACAAUUGGACCUGAAGUUAAAGUGUUUGUCUUUUGUGUAAAUUUAAACACUUGACAAAUAGCAUAAAUAAAUUUUUAUGUCUGACAAGGCAAUAAAAUUA